UUAGGCUGUUCAGCAGUCGAGAUCCUGAUUUAAGCGGUAGUGCCACACAGCAAACAAUAGUACACAGCUUCAGAGUUGUACUUACACCGCGACUGUCACGGAGACUACGUGCCUCAUACCCGCCUCCUUUCCUCUAAGCCCUUAAUAUUCUAAAUCAUUCAAAUGUCGCUCCUAGAACGUCUGAACGUCCCAAUGGACAGCGCCCCUUCCAUAGGCCCCAUUCGUUCAAAAUCAGGCAGUCGCUCAUCGCCAUACGUCAACCCGCGUCGCAUACCUCAGAACCGACCGAACCGAACGCCAAAAGGCGAUUCGGACGCUCAAUGGUCGCAUGAUCUCUACGAAGACCCAGACAAGCCUUCUCUAUCCUCGAGACUCACCCUGAACGCUGCUCAGCCUCGUAAACCUGAUUCGCGACUUGCGCAGCGCGCGCUUAGGGAUGCUACAGGAGACAGUAAGGGCCUGAGCAUCAAAGGCGCUAGCUCAGCGCCGUUGGGGAAUGUGGUUGAGGUGAAAGGUCUUGUACGAGGCACCACUGCGGCUGAUGUGGAGGCCAUUUUUAAACGCUGCGGCACAAUAGUUUCCUCUGAGACUGCAUCUGCAAAGGCGUCUGAGAACGUCAUCGUGCGCCUCACAUUCAAACAAGUCGCGCAUGCGGACGCAGCUGUGGCCAAGUUCAAUGGUCAGCCUGCAGACGGGAAAAUCCUGCAAGUGAACAUCGUGGGCACGAAAGCGAUUGGUUUGUCAGGACGACUCGGUGGAGUGGACAUCGUAGAUGAUAGUGUGGACGUUCUUAUGGAAGGUAGUGAUGAAAGCGCAUCAAAAAUGAGGUCGGAUUCAAUCAUAGCCUCAGAUCCUCGAGCGUCUGUCUUGGUUGCGCCACCAGGUACAGACCCAAAGCAUUACAGCCAGCAGUCAAAUUCUCGUCCGGAUGCGCAGAAGUGGCACCGUGGCGGCAGAGGCCGUGGUCGGGGAGGUCGUGGCAGGAGAGGUGCAGGAGGUGCAGGCAUGGAGAUUGACUAAGGGACGAAUCUUCUUGGGUAUGGAAUGGAUGAAAUAGUAUGAACAUCCACUUGCGUUGGAUUCACCUGCAUCAUCUUGUGUGCAAAUUAUCUUAGCAUAUGUAUUUUGCCUUGUGCUUAUAACCCA